AUGGACUUUGAGCUGAUUGGUCAGUUGUCUCUGUGCUCUGUGGACACCUCUAGUUCUGCAGCCUUGCUAGUGGAGAUGACGCUGUCCUGUCUGUCUCUAGUGGAGAUGACGCUGUCUUGUCUGUCUCUAGUGGAGAUGACGCUGUCUUGUCUGUCUCUAGUGGAGAUGUCGCUGUCCUGUCUGUCUCUAGCGGUGAUGACGCUGUCUUGUCUGUCUCUAGUGGAGAUGACGCUGUCCUGUCUGUCUCUAGCGGAGAUGACGCUGUCCUGUCUGUCUCUAGCGGAGAUGACACUGUCCUGUCUGUCUCUAGCGGUAUGUUCCAGUUUGCAUCAUGGGUCAUUUUUUCCACGCGGAUCGUUUCCUUGGAGAUCACAUUGCUUUCUUAGCAGAGGUGCUGCCCAGUUCAUCGCAGUUCAGAGCCAGAACCUGAUGACUGAUAGUGUGUCGGUGGUGGAGGGGGAGACGGCCAUCAUCAGCUGCAGGGUGAAGAACAACGACGACUCCGUCAUUCAGCUACUCAACCCCAACAGGCAGACCAUCUACUUCAGGGACAUGAGACCCUUAAAAGACGCCAGGUUCCAGCUGGUGAACUUCUCUGAGAACGAGCUGCGAGUCGCCCUGAACAAUGUGUCCCUCUCUGACGAGGGCCGAUACGUAUGUCAGCUCUACACAGACCCUCCGCAGGAGGCCUACGCAGAUGUUACUGUACUGGUUCCACCUGGUAACCCCAUCAUUGAGGGUCAGGAAGAGCCAGUAACCGAGGGCAACGAGACGGAGAUGACCUGCACUGCGGCCAGCAGCAAACCAGCCGCCAAAAUCCGCUGGAUGAAGGGAGACCAGGAACUGACUGGGACAUCCCAGGUGGAGCCUACCUUUGACAACAUGUACACGGUCAGCAGCCGUCUCCGGGUAACCGUAACCAGGGAGGAUGAUGGGGUUGCUGUGCGGUGUGUUGUCGAGCAUCCAGCUGUCAAAGACUUCCAGGCCCAGAGGAUUCUAGAAGUCCAGUAUAAGCCAGAGGUGAAGAUCUCAGUGGAGUACCCAAAGGGUCUGACCAGAGAGGGCGAGAACCUAGAACUCACCUGCAGAACUCGAGGCAAACCCCAACCACAGCAGGUGAACUGGGUAAAGGUGGACGAUGACGUUCCCUCACAUGCAGUCAUCACCGGUUCCGAUCUGCUCAUCGAGAAUCUCAAUAAAUCCUACAACGGAACAUACAGAUGUGUAGCAGCUAACUUGAUCGGCGAAUCAUACGACGACUACAUUCUAUAUGUGUAUGACGCUCCGACCACACCCCCUCCCCCAAGUACUGCCCCUCCCACCACCAUCAGCACCACCCCCUUCCUAGAUACCACCCAAGAAUCUGUGCCCAGUUCUGAUCCUGCAUUACACGACUCCAGAGCAGGCGAGGGUGUGCCACGGUCAGUGGACCAUGCGGUCAUCGGCGGUGUGGUUGCCGUGGUGAUGUUUGCCAUCCUCUGUGCUCUCAUCGUCCUCGGCAGAUACUUCGCCCGACUCAGGUACCUACUUUACCCAUGAAGCUAAAGGAGCUGAUGACGCGGCAGACGCUGACACGGCCAUCAUUAACGCCGAGGGCGGAGUCAGCAACUCGGACGAGAAGAAGGAGUACUACAUCUGAUUACCGCCAGACGGCC